AUGAGAAGGCAGAGUAGAGGCAGAGUCAGCCCAAGAGCGCAGCGCCGCCGCAGUGGUUAUCGCAACCAUUGGACGCUACCGGCAAGUUGCGAGCCGUCGCCUUUUACUCUCCAUCCAGAUAAUAUCCAAAUGAGCUCGCGGGUGGAGAUCCUGAACGACGGAGGCUACCGCUCGGACGGGCGACGCCAAUAUGAGCUGCGGGACAUCAUCAUCGACCUCUCUCCGCAGGGCACCGCAGACGGCUCGGCCACCGUCACUCAUGGCCUCACUCAAGCCCUCGUGACGGUAUUUGGGCCAAGAGAAGCAAAAAUGCGCUCGCAGACUUUGCACGACCGGGCAGUCAUCAAUGUCGAGAUGAAUGUCCUACCCUUCAGCACAGGAGAACGUCGUAGGCGGGCACGCGUAGACAGGCGAACACUUGAGCUAGCCGCGAUGAUCAAAUCUACGUUUGAACCAGUCAUCCAGACGAAUCUCUAUCCCCGCUCUCAGAUUGACAUCUUUGUCCAAGUGCUCCAGCAAGACGGUGGACUACUUCAAACAUGCAUCAACGCGACCACUCUCGCUCUAGCGGCUGCUGGAAUACCGCUGCUCGACUUUGUCUGCGCCAUCACUGGAGGCGUACACACUACGUCACCGGUGCUGGACCUGACAAUGCUCGAGGAGAACGACCUUCCUCAUCUCACUGUGGCUGUGAUGCCGAGAACGAAGAAGAUUACCCUUGUCACCCUGGAGACUCGACUGCACGUGGACAGAUUCGCCGAAAUCUUUGAGCUGGCAUGUGAGGCAGGUCAGACUAUCCACAAGGAGAUGAAGCGCGCCGUGAAGGAUCGGAUGAGCACCUUGGUCGCUGCGAUGGGUGCUGGGCUUACACAAGGUGCCAGCGGCGAGACUGCAGAACAAGAUGCGAUCAUGGAUGGUGUCGUUAUGUAUGAAUAUUGA